AUGCCAUCUUUAACAGCAACUCUGCUCCCAGCCACUAAUGGCAAUCCAAUUCUCUCUGCUCUUCGGAGAUUGAAUCCUAACCGCCAAUUAUUGUCUCACAAGCCAAUGACAGUAACAGUCACAGCCAACUCGAAUAGUGCUAAUGUUUACGACAGGUCUUACUGGAUCUCUAUAAAUGAUGAGAUUGAUGCUCAUUUGAAGCAGGCCAUUCCCAUAAGACCACCACUCACCGUGUUUGAGCCCAUGCACCAUUUGACCUUCGAUGCUCAACAGACCACCGCUCCAGCCUUGUGCAUAGCUGCUUGCGAGCUUGUUGGUGGCAACCGGGAUCAAGCCAUGGCUGCAGCAUCUGCUUUGCGCCUCAUGCAUGCAGCUGCAUUCACUCAUGAGCACAUCAUUUUAGCAGGCAGCAGGGCCAGGAUUGGUCACUCCUUCGGACCAAACAUUGAGCUUCUAACAGGAGAUGGGAUGAUACCAUUUGGGCUUGAGUUGUUGGCUACUUCUGAUGAUCCGACGCAAAACAAUUCGGAGCGGAUUUUGAGAGUGAUCAUUGAGAUCACACAAGCCAUGGGUUCGCAAGGGAUGCUAGAUGGGCAAUAUAACCAAGUUCAAUAUGGUCAAUCAGACUACAUUGAUCAUGUUUGUAAGAAAAAAGAAGGCCGGUUUUAUGCCUGUGCAGGCGCAGUCGGAGCAAUAUUAGGAGGUGGAACCGAGGAGGAGAUAGAGAAACUAAGAAGGUAUGGUCUUCAUGUGGGCUUGGUGCAAGGAGUACUUUCUAACUGGUUUGAGAGAAAAGAGAAGGGGUCAAUGGAAAAGGUACUAAAUGAGCUAGGAAAUUUAGCACUUAAAGAAUUAGAAGGUUUCGACCAAGGAAACGUUCUGGCGAUUUCUAGCCUUGUUGAGACCAAUUUCAGCAAUGCUUGA